AUGAAUUCAAAUAAAGAGAAGAACAACAGUCAUAAGAGAGUCCACAAAAAGCUGCAGAGUAAAAGGCAGCAAAUUAAAACUCAAAUUUUCAAUUUGAAAUGACUCUAUGAUUUUAAUAAUAAAAUCUAUUUCACAAAAAUGCUGAAUGUAAAUAUGUCCUUAUUGAAUCCGAGCACUCCUGCAUUUGAGCCUUUGUCAUUUAAAUUUAUUCCUCCUCACUCCCCCUAUAAAAUAAUUUUCUAAAUUUAUUUUUUUAUUAUUUUUAUUUAAAAUAAAUUUGAUUUUGCUAUAAAAUAUUUGGGAGAGUUAGCAAAAUGAAUCAAUGAUAAAAAAUGUAUGAAAGCACAAUUUAAAGUCUGAAAUUCUCAUUAUUUCAAAUCUACUUGAAAAUUAUCCCUACGUUGCAAUGGAUACUGAAUUUCCAGGUAUUAUCGUAAAAGCUCAAGGAGAAUUAAGAGACAUACAAUACCAAAACAUUCGCCAUAACGUUGACCGCUUAAAACUUAUACAGGUCGGCAUUACUUUAUCAGAUGGACAAGGCAAUUUCCCAUCAGGCAUCUGCACAUGACAGUUUAAUUUUGACUUCGAUUUAUCCUCAGAUGCUUAUUCAGAAGACUCAAUCCAAUUACUACGACAGUCUGGCAUUGACUUCGACAAGCAUGCGACUGAUGGAAUUUCACACUUUGAGUUUGCUGAGUUUUUUACUGUGUCUGGUCUGUGCCUAAAUUAUUAGAUUAUAUAUUAAAUUCUAGAGGUCUUCAGGGCGUAUUUCAGCUCCUCACUGUCACACAAGUAGCUUCGCAUUGGCUCAAGACGCUAUCCUCACCUGCCCUUUUACCUCUGAUGUUACCAGAAAAUGGUGAAGUAAGAUGUCUUUCGGAGAGAUCAACAAGAGGCCAUGUCAGAUUACGCCAUUUUAAUAAUUUUUGUGCCUAAAUGAAGAUAUUUCAUAUUUAACUUUUCAUAGUGGCUAUGAUUUUGCAUAUUUACUUAAAACUGUGACAAAUCAAAAAUUACCUGAAACACAAGAUGAAUUUUAUAAGCAGCUUUCGCUGUAUUUUCCUGUCUUUUUUGACAUAAAAUUCAUGGUGCAAGGAAUUGAUAAGUACAGAGGAGGGCUAAGUCGAAUUGCAGAAGAAGUAGGAGUGAGACGAUUCGGGAGGAUGCAUCAAGCAGGAAGCGAUAGCUUGGUUACGCUUGAAACGUUCUUUACAAUUAAAAAUGAAGAGUUUUCUGAAGUUAGUUUAGAAAAGUAUGCUAAUACGAUUUGCGGAUUAGCCCCAAAUAGUCAGAACCAAGAGUUUUCGCCUAGUUUUGCAAGAUAA